AUGCUGAAGCCGGCUCCACAAGGUGAUACGUUUGAGCAAGGGCUGUUCAUCUCGUCGCAAAGAGAACUUGAGGAUGAGCAUGCUAGAUACCGUGAAGUACGGCUCUCGAGUAAAUGGAGAUGGAUCUACAAACUACGGUUUUUCCUUGUGGAUUAUGUAUGGGACCCUCUACAUACAAUAGGGAGGUUUGUGGAAUUGAGCGUGAUAUUCCUCCCUGUGCUGUUAACAAUACCUGUGGGAUGGUUUGGGACCCGUGGUGAAAAGCUCUGGUUCAAGAUCUUGAAGAUCUCUCUGGAGAAUGCUGGUGCUUCCUUUGUGAAGUUGGGUCAAUGGGCCGCCUCAAGAACUGAUAUCUUCCCACGUGCGCUCUGUGAAGAGCUGGGAUCUUUACACUCCAAUUCCAAGGCCCACAGCCUAUCUUACACAAAGAGUGCCCUGUCGCAGUCGUUUGGACUGCCAUUUGAUGAAAUCUUUCAAGAAUUCAACGAGACACCUGUUGGUGUUGGUGCGAUUGCGCAGGUCUACACGGCGACGCUAUCCAAGAAAGUUUUGGAGAAUGUUGAAUUCCACGCGGUGAAGAACAAGAGAUCUUGGUUUAACACGGUGUUCAACGAUGCACCUUUGCCAAAUCAAAAGGUUGCGAUCAAAGUGAUGCAUCCAAAUGUUGAACGAGAAAUACAUAGAGAUUUGAAGGUUAUGAACUUCUUUGCAAGUGCAAUUGAUAUUAUCCCAACGAUGGAAUGGCUUUCACUGCCAGAUGAGGUUAAAAACUUUGGCAUACUGAUGAACUUACAACUGGAUCUGAGAAUUGAGGCGCUGAACUUGCAACGGUUCCAGGAGAAUUACAAAGAUGAUUUCUUUGUUAAUUUCCCAACACCCUAUCUGACUUAUUGUAAUAGAGAUAUCCUGGUUGAAGAGUACAUCAAUGGGCUGCAAAUGUCAACGAUUUUGGAGUUGAAGCAAAACAACAAGUUGAACAAUGAACUAUCACACAAGUUGAGUGAUAAAGUUAUAGAUUCGUUCUUGCAUAUGUUGAUCUUGGGGAAUUUCAUCCACUCUGAUUUGCACCCUGGUAACAUCUUUGUUAGAUUUGUGAAGCCAAACGAAAUGAACAACGAUAUCUUGUCAACUGAUGUUCAACGGGAUCAAAUUUCCACCAAAUUGAAAAAGGCAGAUGACCUCGAAACUUUAUCAUCGGAGCUGAACCAGCUUACGGAAAUGGGAUUCUAUCCAGAAGUGUGUUAUAUCGAUGCUGGAUUAGUAACAGAGCUGAAUGAGAAGAACCGUGUUAAUUUCAUUGCCCUUUUCAACGCGUUAGCAGAGUUUGAUGGCUAUAAAGCUGGUGAGCUUAUGAUUGAGCGUUCCAAGACCCCAGAAACUGCAAUUGAUCCUGAAAUAUUUGCGCUAAAAACUGAGCGAUUGGUUGAUAAGAUCAAGCAGAGAACUUUCACUUUGGGAACUGUGUCGAUUGGUGACUUACUGGAUAGAAUGCUUUCCAUGGUUAGGGUGCACCAUGUUCGUAUGGAGGGUGAUUUCGUCUCUGUCGUUGUAGCGAUUUUGCUCUUGGAAGGAAUUGGACGACAAUUGGAUCCCGAUAUGGAUCUGUUUGCAAGCUCACUGCCUAUUCUGAGACAAGUAGGUCUUCAUGACCGUAAGCUACUAGAUGCAGGAGAUAAGUUAUCAAUGCUCAAGGUUUGGAUUGCUUUAGAGGUGAGACAAUUCAUCAGCUUGAGUGUACAAGAUAUUUACAGAUUGGUCAAAUCAGAUGGACUUUGUCCAAACUAUUAA